UGGGACUGACACUGGAGAAUAGUGGAGGGGUCGGUCUGGUGCCAAAUUCAACUGCAGGUACCAGGUGGAAGUUGUUAUUUAACGAUGUCAGGCCCUCUGAAGGACUCUUCUUCGAGGAUGAAUGUUGCUGCCAGUGAAGUGCAGAAUCUCUCUGCUGGCAGCAACACAGCCACUGCUGUGAAUAAAAAUGUAAAGAACCUGAGUGUGGAGAAAAUAUAUCAAAAGAAGUCUCAGCUGGAGCACGUUUUGCUGCGCCCGGAUACCUACAUUGGCUCUGUUGAACCUGUCACAGAACUUAUGUGGAUAUUUGAUACAGAUCAGGAAAUGAUGGUACAAAAAGAUAUUACGUACGUACCUGGUCUGUACAAAAUUUUUGAUGAAAUUCUGGUAAAUGCUGCAGAUAAUAAGCAGAGAGAUCCAAAGAUGGAUUGCAUAAAAAUUGAUAUUGACCAGGAAAACAACACAAUAUCAGUGUGGAAUAAUGGUAAAGGUAUACCUGUUGUGGAGCACAAAGAAGAGAAGAUGUAUGUGCCCACCAUGAUCUUUGGACACCUGCUUACCUCAUCAAAUUAUAAUGAUGAAGAAGAAAAGGUCACUGGUGGCAGAAAUGGAUAUGGAGCAAAGUUGUGCAAUAUAUUUAGCAUGAAAUUCAUUUUGGAAACAGCAUCAAAAGAAUACAAAAGGGCUUUUAAACAAGUUUGGGCAAAUAAUAUGGGCAAGACAUCUGACCCAAAGAUUAAGGAUUUUACUGGAGAAGAUUAUACAAAAGUCACAUUUUCUCCCGAUCUUACAAAAUUCAAAAUGGAAGCUCUGGAUAAUGAUAUAGUGGCUCUGAUGUCGAGAAGAGCUUACGAUAUUGCUGCAUCCACGAGGGGUGUCAAAGUUAUGCUGAAUGGAAAACGUUUGCCAGUAAAGAACUUCAAAGAUUAUGUGGAACUUUAUUUAAAAAAUAAAGAAGAUGAGACUGGUAAUCCUCUGCAAAUAGUGUAUGAGCAGGUGAAUGAGAGGUGGGAAGUGGCGAUAACUAUUUCGGACAGAGGAUUUCAACAAGUUUCAUUUGUGAACAGCAUUGCUACAACAAAGGGUGGUAGACACGUAGAUCAUGUUUCUGAUCUGAUUGUAAAGCAAUUAAUUGAGACACUAAAGAAGAAGAAUAAAAAUGGUAUUCAGAUCAAACCUUUCCAAGUUAAAAAUCACAUGUGGCUCUUCGUAAACUGUCUUAUUGUGAAUCCGACAUUUGAUUCACAGACGAAGGAAAAUAUGACUUUGCAGGCAAAAAGUUUUGGAUCGAAAUGUCCACUUUCAGAGAAAUUCAUCAACACUGUGCUUAAAUCUGGCAUUGUUGAGUCUAUUCUGUUGUGGGCAAAAGCAAAAGCUGAUUCUCUCUUGACAAAAAAUUGCAGCAAAAAGAAACAAUCAAGACUCACAGGCAUACCAAAGCUGGAAGAUGCAAACCAUGCAGGAACACAAAAUUCUUUGGAUUGCACACUUAUUCUUACUGAGGGAGAUUCAGCCAAGUCAUUGGCUGUGUCUGGCCUCGGUGUAAUUGGCAGAGAUAAAUAUGGCGUCUUCCCACUGAGAGGCAAGCUGCUGAACGUCCGCGAAGCUUCUCACAAGCAGAUUAUGGAAAAUGCAGAAAUAAAUAAUAUAAUUCGCAUUGUUGGCCUUCAGUACAAGAAGAAAUAUGAAUCGGUGAAUGAUCUAAAGACACUGAGAUAUGGAAAGAUGAUGAUAAUGACAGAUCAGGACCAGGAUGGAUCACACAUCAAAGGUUUGCUGAUCAAUUUCAUUCACCACAAUUGGCCAUCUCUCCUCCAGCUCCCAUUUUUGGAGGAAUUUAUAACACCUAUUGUGAAAGCUUCAAAAGGCAACCAAGAGUUCUCAUUUUAUUCACUGCCAGAGUUCGAUGAAUGGAAAGCUUCAAGAGAUAAUUGGCAUACCUACAAGAUAAAGUACUACAAAGGUUUGGGAACCUCCACAUCCAAAGAGGCAAAGGAGUAUUUCAUGGACAUGAGACGACAUAGGAUAACAUUUAAGUAUGGGGGUCCCAAUGAUGAUCAGUGCAUCAAUAUGGCCUUUAGUAAGAAGUGUGUUGAGCAACGGAAGGAAUGGCUUACAUCGUGGAUGCAGGAUUCGAAGAGGAGGAAGGAAAUGGGUCUACCAGAACAAUAUCUCUAUGAGAAAGACACACACAGUGUCAAUUAUGCAGACUUUGUCAAUAAAGAACUUGUACUUUUUAGCAAUUGUGACAACGAAAGAUCUAUUCCGUCCUUGGUUGAUGGAUUCAAACCUGGUCAGAGGAAGGUGCUGUUUACCUGCUUGAAACGAAAUGACAAGAGGGAGGUGAAAGUCGCACAGUUGGCAGGCUCUGUGGCUGAACACUCAGCAUACCACCAUGGCGAACAGUCACUCAUGUCGACGAUUAUCAACCUGGCUCAGAACUUUGUGGGUAGUAACAACAUCAACUUGCUGCAGCCAAUCGGUCAGUUUGGCACCCGUCUUAAUGGUGGGAAGGACUCUGCCAGUCCAAGAUACAUAUUCACCAUGCUGAGUCCACUGGCAAGACACAUUUUUCACAAACAUGAUGAUCCACUCUUAAAGCACAACACAGAUGACAACCAAAGAAUUGAACCAGUCUGGUACAUACCAGUCAUACCAAUGAUACUCGUUAAUGGUGCCGAUGGCAUUGGAACGGGUUGGAUGACAAAGAUACCAAAUUACAAUCCCAGGGAAAUAAUUGACAAUUUGAGGAGAAUGAUUGAUGGUGGAGCCCCAAAACCUAUGAUUCCGUGGUAUAAGAACUACAAAGGAGUCAUUGAGCCUUUUGCUGAUAACAGAUAUGCUGUUUAUGGUGAGAUAUCAGUCUUAGGGGAGGAUAAAGUGGAAAUAACAGAGUUACCAAUUGGUGUAUGGACGCAGACAUACAAAGAAAAUGUGCUCGAGCCCAUGAUGGGAGGUACUGAAAAGGUACCCCAACAGAUAGUGCAUUUUCAGGAGUAUAAUACUGAUACAACAGUGCGAUUUGUCGUCAAAAUUGAUCCUGAAAAAUUGCGGAAAGCAGAACAGGAAGGGCUGCACAAAUUUUUCAAACUGGAAACUACAAUGAUGACUACCUCCAUGUGUGCGUUUGACGACAUGCAGUGCCUCAGAAGAUUCGACUCAGUUACUCAAAUCCUGAAAGAAUUUUUCAAUUUGAGACUGACCUACUAUGAAAAACGCAAGGGCUAUUUAGAAGGAAUGCUGCAAGCAGAAUCUUUGAGGCUGAGUAACCAAGCGAGAUUCAUUUUGGAAAAAUGUGAUGGUGUUCUGGUUGUUGAAAACAAGAAGAAGAAAGUGAUUAUUGAUGAACUAAAAUCAAGAGGAUAUGAUCCUGAUCCAGUAAGGCAGUGGAAACUCAAGCAAGACAAGGAAGCAUUGCUGGAGGAGACAAACAAUGCAGAUGAUUCUCAGGAGGAGGCGACAGAGGAUGUGGAUAAGCUGUAUGACUAUCUCUUAGGGAUGACAUUGUGGACUCUCACUAAGGAGAGAAAGGAUGAACUGUUGGCAAAGCGCGAUGAAAAGCUUCAAGAAUACAAAAUUCUUCAGGGCAAGUCACCGUCUGACCUGUGGAGGGAGGACCUGGAUGUUCUCUCGGAGGAGCUGGAUAAAGUUGAAGCAAAAGAGAGAGAAGAGGAAGCAGUUGGUGUAGUUGGUAAGGCUGCCAAGGGCAAGAAAGCUGUCGGAAGCACAAAGCUUGGGGUAACCAGUCAGAAGCCCAACACACUGCCUUCACCCAGCGGAAGGCGAAUUGCUCCAAAAAUUGAUCCUGACCGCAUUAAAAAGGCAGAAAAGGCAAAAAAGGCAGUUGCUGUGAAGGAAAACAGAGACAAACGUCAAGGAAAGAAAGAUGAGGAUACUCCUGAUGAUGGUGUGGAUGCCAGACCACUGCAGGAACGAGUAGGAGUAGCCCCAGAACAGCUGGAAAAGAAACUCAAGGAGAAACGCAAAGAGACGUUGAAACAAACAAAGCUGACUUUCAAGGGUAAAAGCAAGGGGUCUCCUAAGAAGAAGAGAAAGUUUGUGGAUUCAGAUAGUGAAGAGACAGAUGCCUCUGUGUAUUCAGCGAGUGAGUCCUCGCCAGAGAACAUCUCUCCCCCUGCAGCGCAGAGGACGACGGCACGAAGGACGGCAGCGGCAAAGGCGAAGUUCACAUUCAGUGACAGCGAUGAUGGAGAAGAAGGAGAAAGUGGUGAUGAACUGGAGCUGCAUGAUAAUAUCUUGGUGCAGGAGAGCGAAAUUGUCCCACAUGUGGAUGCAGAAUUGAACACCGCUGAUGACAGCUUCAUGGGACAAAAUGUUGUGAGCAGUUCAGUCAGAGAGCCCAAAGAGAAGACAAAGAAAGAGGCUAAACAAAAGAAGAAAACAGUUAAAAGGAUAUCAGUCUCUGACUCAGACACUGAGAAAAUCAUUGUCAGUGAUACAGACAGUGAGUUUGAAGUGAAGAAAAAAAAGGCACCUAAACCAAAGAAGAAAAAAGUUGCGAGGAUCUCGGAUUCGGAUGGCCCAUCGACGAGCAAGCCUCAGGAAAUAAAAAAGGUGGCCUCGGACAACGAUCUUGAAAUGGAAGUGGAAAGAGUAGCUCCAAAGACGAAGCCCAGUCGACCAAGGAAAGCUGCAAACUACAUUGUAGAUGAUGACAGUGACUUCUAAUUCCUUGUGUACAUUUUUAAGUGCUGUUUUUACCCUCCACUUUGUUCAGUUUUGUGUAUUUUAAGACAGUCUCCUUCACUCAUAAAUGUAUAUUGUUUUCUAAUGAUAGAUUGGUGACUAAUAUGAUAUAGUUUUCAGCAUUUUGGACAUUAUAGUGUUACAAUCUCUGUAUUUUAAAUUCAGCAAAGCUGUAGACAUGUCGGUGCUCAGUGGUUUAUGACUGUAUAUUGUGAACAGAACAGGAGCUUCUUUGCUGUGUCAUAGCAGUAUGUGCUGUGCUUUUAUAUUUUUAUUUUAUUACAGAAACUGUGAAAACGAAAAACUGAACUGCUCGGAAACUAAUAUUUUGCAAGCUUAAUAGCGUGAUUUUGAUAAGAAAGUAGUAGUACCAUUGCUACUUAUUUUGCUCUUUAUCAUGCAACAGUUG